GAGCACCGUGACCCGCGUGCACAGUGACAUUGAAACAUGUUACAGUUUGUCUCUCCCCGCUCGCGCUGUUAACUGUUUAAAUAUCUGUUUGUUUGUUUGUUUGUUUGUUUGUUUGUUUUGUUCUUUCAUUUUUGUUAGUUUUUACUUCCGGAGCAGGGCGUGCAAGACAGUGACGUCAUGGCUAAGAUGGCAGCCUCCAUGGUGGAGGGUGGAGAGGAUUCGUUUCGGAAGAUAUUCAAGUUUUACAGGAGAAGGAACCCCCCGCCGGACCUUAGCGACGUCAUCGACUUUUCCAGGUGUGCGCCCGGUGAACAGAUUGUUCCAGUUAACCUCGACACCGCCGCGGUGAGCGAUGUGGAAGCCACUAGAGUCGGAUUACAGCCCGUCAGAGAGUGGCGAGCCUUCGGCCUGCGAGGACACCCAGGGUUCAUCUUCAUCUCCGAUCCGUUCCUGCGCGGCACGCAGCCGUUUUGGCUCCAACAGUGUCUGAAGAUUUACCCUCAGAAACCAAACAUCUGCAACCUGGACAUGCACAUGUCCCCCUUAGAGACUCAGGACAUCUGGGGACAGAGCAUGCACAGCCUGAGAUCUUCUGCGGCUGGAAAACGAGAAGCGCGGACUCUCCUGGAGAGGCUGCGCUGGGUCACGCUGGGCUAUCAUUACAACUGGGACACAAAGACGUACUCUCCCAGCAGUCACACUCCUUUCCCACGUGACCUCCACCUCCUCUCCGCUCACGUGACAGCUGCCUGCGGCUUCCCUGGCUUUAUCUCGGAAGCGGGAAUCCUCAACUAUUACCGAUCAGACUCUUCUCUGGGAAUCCACGUGGACGAGUCGGAGCUGGACCACACUCGACCGCUGCUGUCGUUUAGUUUUGGUCAGUCAGCCAUCUUUCUCCUGGGCGGCCCCCACAGACAGGACCCCCCCACAGCCAUGCUCAUGCACAGUGGGGACGUGAUGGUGAUGUCAGGGCCCAGCCGCCUUCUGUACCACGCAGUCCCACGAAUCCUCCCCCCACCUCCGGGGCGUCUGGCAUUAGAGACGGGGGGAAGCAUCCAGACCCCCCCACCACAGGAAGGCUCCGUGGUGGAGCCGGUGUCCGAGGAGGAAUGGGCUGUCUGCUCCAGGUACAUCCAGAGCUCCAGAGUGAAUGUGACUGUCAGACAGGUGCUGGCACCUGCACAGAAAUUUCCAGAAACUCCCCGUUCUCACCAAACCACGGACCCUGGACAGACGGACGGAUGCGAUGAUGGAGAGAGCAGAAAGAGGAAGAGGAGCAGCAGUGACUCUCCUUAUGCUGCAGAGACUCACUGAGGGGACUUACAGCACGGGCCUCCAUGAAGGACGGCUUCUGCUUGGUUACUGGGUUUAUUUGUUAAAGGAUUUAUGUGGGUCAGUGUGUAGAUGCUGCCAGAGACGGGACGAGACCCGAUCUAAAGAUGAACUCUUAGGAGUCGGUGCUAAUCUGGAUCUGUUAAUCUGUUAAAAUGAUUGUUUAACGAUUGUGUGAAUACAGUCCAUGAUUCAGUGAGCAGUAGUCAUGAAGAAAGAAGAUAUAAUCCAGUACCCAGAUCGAGGUCUAUGUAUGUAUGCAAUGUUCCCUCUAAGCUGUGCACAUGCGCACUGCUGGCACGUCUCUGCGCACAGAACAUCUGCGUUGCGCACA